AUGCAGGUGAAUCGGCUUCUGGCGGCCGCUCUAGGUGUCGCUUUGCACACAGUCGCACGGAAUUUUGAGAUUGAUAUGCUCGCUCUCCCGCUUGCAGGUAUAUUCGCCGUGCUUGAGGUGAUCUACAUUUACAUAAAUACCAGACUGCCAGGUGUUACGGUUCAUGAUGCUGUAUUCACGGUGUCUGCACAGACGGCUUGGUUGAUGUUGGGCUUCUUCGCCUCGAUGCUAGUGUACAGAGGACUUUUCCACAGACUGAGAAAGUUUCCUGGUCCGGUGGCUGCUAGACUCACCAAGUUCUACGCCGUCUGGAGAUCUGCCUUGCAGAAGCAAUACCAUUUGGAGCUAGGAAUCAUGCGGGAGAAGUACGGCGACGUGGUUCGGACUGGGCCUAGGGAGCUAACGAUAUUCUGUGCUGAAGCCAUCGCACCGCUUGCAGCUUGCCGCAAGUCCACUCUGUAUCAGAUCGAGGACUGGCGCGAUGACUACCUUGGAGUAAUAGAGACGCGAGAUAUUGAAGACCACCGCCGGCGUCGACGCCCCUGGGACACAGCUCUCAGGACUAAAUCCAUCGCAAAAUGGAUUUCACUGUUCGCCUGGGACGUGAUGGGAAAUGUAGGAUUCGGGAAGGACUUCGGCCAGGUAUCGGACGGCGGGGCAGAGCAUUGGGCUGUCAAAGCUAUGAAGGACCAGUCGAGAUUUGUUGCGUAUGUCAAACCGGUUCCGUGGGUGAUGAAUGCGGCUUCGAACAUACCUGGCGCAGAUCAAGCAGUAAGGCCAUUCCGGGACUACUGCAGUAGUCUGGUGGACGAGAAGAUUAGGAGUGAGUCUGAUGACAAGGAGAUACCGUCGGACAUCAUUUCCUGGAUCCUCCGGGAAUUCAAGAAGAAGACGCCAUACGCCCCCAAGACAAGGAAUGCGAUAAACGCAGACGCACGAACCAUUGCUGCAGCUGGAGCCGAUACUACUUCAAACACUCUUACCUACGCAUUGUUCUACCUGGCUCGCAACCCUAGCUUCUACACUCGUCUGCAGUCGGAGUUGUCUGAAGUCUUCCCAGACGGACCAGAGACAUUUGACUACAACAUCUUGUCAAGGUCCCUCUCUGACGUUCCAAUGCUUGAUGCAAUCAUCAACGAGACCCUGCGUCUAAUUCCCGCUGUCCCUUCGGGAAAUCCUCGAGUCACACCUCCCGAGGGACUGAUCAUCCCUCUUGCUAACCAGAAUGGAAAAACCGAGGAUCUCUUCAUCCCAGGAGAUGUUGAUGUGUAUGUGCCACCAUAUUGGGUACACCGCGACCCAAAGAUUUUCCCUGACCCCGAGGCCUUCAUCCCUGACCGAUGGGUCAGUGAGAAUCACGACAAGCUGGCAACCGAGGGUUCUGUGUCUGAGAAACGAGAGAAAAGCUACACAAUCGGUCCAAAGGAAAUGGACGCGUUUUUCCCGUUCCAGUGGAGGCGCGACCAGGAAUUUGUUAGUGCACCGCAGCUCCCAAGCUUCAGCCUUCUUACGAUUGACUUCACACAACACCACUCUCUUCGCUUCCCUACCCACCUUCUGUCAGCCCAAUCAUUGCCACUCCAGCUCCUCGACCUGCCCUUGACCUUGAUCAGACCUCCUCACCCGCAAAAAGUCCAAGGCAGGCAAGCAAUCAUGGCCGACGUAGAGAUGGACGUCGACGAGCCCGGCUCGCCCCAGCCCGCGCAGGCCAAGGUCGACGACAUGGCGACACACAGCAAGGCCACCGCCGUGCGCUCCAUAGAGGGCUGGAUCAUCGUCGUGACCAACCUGCACGAGGAGGUCGACGAGGAGACCAUCCACGACACCUUUGGCGAGUACGGCGAGAUCAAGAACCUGCACCUCAACCUGGACCGCCGCAGCGGUUACGUCAAGGGCUACGCACUGAUCGAGUACCCCACGCUGGCCGAGGCGCGCGCCGCCAUCGACGGCGCCCACCAGACCAAGCUGCUCGACCAGACCAUCCAGGUCGACUUCGCCUUCGUGCGGCCCCCGCCCAACGCCGGCGGCAAGAACAACCGCGGCGGCGCGGGCGGCCGCGUCGGCGGCGGGCGCCGCAACCGCAGCCGCAGCAGGAGCCCCGGGGCCGGGCGGGACCGCGACGCCAGGGACGACAAGGACGACGUCUAG